ACCGCAGCCAUUUUAUUUAAAUUUUUGUCGCUUUUAAGAUGAGUUUCUUCAGAAUACUACACUUUGGCAUUACACGACGAACUUCAAUUUCGAGCACACAUCAAUCAAAUUGCGAGUGUAGUCCCAAUUUGAUUAGGAUUCGUCCAUCUUCAUCCCACGACAUCAUUCGGGUUCCCAUUGAGGUCGUGCUCUCCGACAAGUUCAAUAAGUCCUUGGCCUUCACAUUGGAGGAGCGCCAGCGUUUGUGCAUCCAUGGACUCAUGCCGGCCUGCGUUCGAACUUACGAUGAGCAGAUGCUGGCCAUCGAGACCAACUUCCACUCCUUCGAAUCGAAUGUAGCCAGAUAUCGCUAUUUGAGGGCACUGCGCCAGGGUUACGAGAGGAUGUACUUCCAGUUCGUGUCGAAGAACGUGAACGUGGUGCUGCCCAUUAUCUACACGCCCACGGUGGGCUUGGCGUGCACCGUGUACGGAAUGUUGUACCGCGGCAUGACCGGCAUCCAUAUCACCAAGCACGAUCGAGGACACAUGAAGCAGAUCCUGGGCAACUGGCCGUUGGCGCGGGAGGUGAGGGCCAUCUGUGUGACCGACGGCCAACGUAUCCUGGGCUUGGGCGACCUGGGUGCCAAUGGCAUGGGCAUAGCUGUGGGCAAAAUGGAACUCUACACGGCCCUGGCCGGAAUUCCACCGCGUAUGUGCUUGCCAGUUUGCCUGGAUGUGGGCACGAAUAACAAGUCGCUUCACGAGGAUCCACUGUACAUCGGUCUGCGGGAUGAGCGCUUGCAGGGCGAUGAGUACGUGGGCUUUGUGGAUGAGUUCAUGGAGGCUGUGGUGUCCACCUUUGGCAGUCAAACGCUCAUCCACUUCGAGGACUUUGCGACACCCAAUGCCUUCAUGUUUCUGGAUAGGUAUCAGCAAUGCUAUUGCCAUUUCAAUGACGACAUUCAGGGCACUGCCGCUGUGGGUUUGGCAGGAUUGCUGGGCAUCCAGAGGAUCACAAAGAAGCCGCUGGAGCAGCACAUCAUUGUCUUUGCCGGAGCAGGAAGUGCGGCCAUGGGAAUCGCAAGUCUGCUCAAAAUAGAGCUCAUGUCUAGGGGUCUCUCCGAGGCUGAUGCCGUCAAAAACAUAUAUUUUUACGAUCAAGAUGGAGCAUUGACCACAUCACGAAAAAGCAUACCGGAACUUCUAUGCGUUUUUGCCAAGAACAUGAAGGAAACCAAGUCUCUGGAGGAGUUGGUCGAGCAAGUGAAGCCCUCAAUUAUUAUGGGUGCCACCUCAGCACCCGGACUUUUCACAGAGAAAAUAAUACGCACCAUGGCGGCGAAUCACGAGCGUCCUGGCAUCUUUGCCUUCUCCAAUCCCACCAGCAAAUCUGAGUGCACUGCCGAACAGGCCUACAAGUUCUCAGAUGGAAAGGCUAUAUAUUCGGCAGGAUCUCCUUUCCCGCCCGUGGAGUUCAAUGGCAAGCGGCUAACUCCUGGUCAAGCCAACAACUGCUUUGCUUUCCCCGGUAUGAUUUUGGGCACCAUGACUGUGUUGGCCACUCGAAUGCCAGACGAGAUAUUCCUUUUGUGCGCUCAUGAGCUCGCUAAGUUCCCAUCUAAUGAGGAAAUACAGAGUGGACGUAUCUAUCCCUAUAAAAUUGGCGUGAAAGCAGCUAAAUAUCUGAUAGAAAACGGUUAUGCUAAACGCACUUUAGAGCCGGAUGAUGUGGAGGCGUAUAUCAAAAAGCAUGGUUAUAAGCUGAACUACGGAAGAUCGCUGGCUGAGACAUGGGCGUAUCCAAAGAUGAAGCCGAAUCCCAGUACAGCGGGCCAUGAGAAGAAACAACAAUCGAAAAAGUAG